AUGGACGUCAACAUUGGACAUGAAGUGGGCUACACACCCAUCCCCCUGGAGACCUGCUGUUCUACUGACACUGUGUGUUAUAAGAGAAAGAUUUUGAGACUACUCUUCACCAACAAGAAGAACCCUAUGGACAAGCUGAGGUCGGUGGGGCAUAACAGAUCCUCCGGUCCAAGCCAUAGGGAUUCCCCACGUGGCCAGCCUCAAGCCAAGACACCGCCACAGAGACAGAAACACAGCAGCAGCAUCUUCAAGCCUCCUCCCCAAAACCAACACCCCCCUGGACAGCCCUACCCCUCCCACAGCCAGCGAAGACUACCCCAGUGCUCUCCUGUUCACCUCAGUCACCCCGUCCCCCUGUCCCCUACGUCCGUCCCUGGACCAGGACAGCCCAGACCACCUACUCCCCCUCCUCACCGAGCCCUGCCUCCCCAUGGACCAGGACAGCCCAGACCACCUGCUCCCCCUCCUCACCGAGCCCUGCCUCCCCAUGGACCAGGACAGCCCAGACCACCUGCUCCCCCUCCUCACCGAGCCCUGCCUCCCCCUGGACAAGGACAUGCCCACAGCCACACCCAGGCUCCGCCCAGAGGGGCAUCGUUUCGCAGUGUGCCACAGCAACAUAACUCCUGCAGGAUGGUCUUGAAUUUGGAGAUUCCAAGUCCACCCCAGAAGCCUCUACCUACCGACCCCUGGGCAGGAAUACCCAGAAGCCUCUACCUGCCGACCUCCUGGGCAGGAAUAUCCAAAAGCCUCUAUCUGCCGACCAAAUGAGCAGGAAUACCCAGAAGCCUUUACCUGCCUACCCCCUGAGCAGGAAUACCCAGAAGCCUUUACCUGCUAACCCUAACCCUAACUCCCCCGGAAGGAGUGGUCAUCUGAUUCGUAGCCCCAUUGCUGUCGGUGUCCCAAUCCCUGUACCAGUCCCCGGUGUCCCCAGGCCGCUGAGACCUGUUCCACACCACAACAGGUGCGUCCCAGAUAGUUUGGACAACACCCAGCAUUAGAUCAAUCAACUUAUAGUCUCGCUUGACAGACUGUUACUGGCUAACCAAGGAAGAUUUUGGUCAAGCUAGAUUUUGUUCAGCGUUCUGAGAUGAAUCAAUUCAUCCAGUCAUGCCAAGACUAUGUUUUCUAACCAUUCACAUUCAAUUUCUGGACGUGAU